CGGUGUUCAUCUCAGUCCUGCUCCCCAUCGCACCAAACAACAAGAAAGCGACACAACACCAUGACACGCGCACAACAAACCAUUUCCCUUGCGCUCCUCGUGAGCUCCCUCUACCUCUCCCUCUACCUCGAGCUCAUCCCCCUCCCGGCCGUCAUCCAGCAGGACAUUGUGCCCGUGCUCCCGUUCUGGUUCCUCGUCUCGUUCGGCGCCUGGCUGCUCUUCCGCCUCGGAUGGGGCAUGCUCACCUUCCGCGACACGCCCGAAGCGUACGCCGAGCUGAUGAACGAGAUCAAGAUGGCCAAAGCGGAUUUGAGGGCGAAGGGUGUUGAUGUUGACUAAAUAGAACAAAAGGAUCGGGUCAGGGAAAAGGGAUUGUUUUGAUAUUCUUGUGGGGAGUGGACCUCCUGUGCGAAUUAAUUGGCGAUGGCCGGGGAUAAUCGUCUGUAUAACUGGAAUAAUGAGCAUGUCCACAACGGAUUGGCGUUGAGCGUGAUUCUGGACGGGAGGGAGGGCCGGCCCGAGCAGGGCGGCGGAUGUGCUCCCUGCUGGCACCGAGUAGCACGAAUUGACUACGGGGUCUGUGUUGCAGUCAAGCGAUUCCAUACACUCAACUGCUGGCCGUCUGCUGCCGAGUGGCCCCUCUUCAAACGCAAUUCCAAUCCGAAUGCUUACGGUCUACUUCAACAGAACUCCUUACAUGCCCAUACAGACUCCGGUCAUGCCAUUUGGGCCCCCGCAAGCAAACAAGCCACCGUCCUUACAGCAUUG